UAGUGGCUUGUAAAUCCUUAAAUCAAAUCGUGGGGAAAUCAAAAAAAAAAUGGUGUUGAGAUUAUAUGCAGUUUGGGCAAAAUAAUUUUCCAAAUAUCACUUGUCAGGUUAAUAUAUACAUGUUUAUACGCGUGUUUAGGCUUUCAGUUUCAUUGCAAGUGAUUCCUUAAGCUUUCGUAUGUUCAAAUCCAUUACCUUCAGGUGGGUGAUACAAUUGGUUAUCAUAGUAUCCCAAAUAAUUGGGCUUUUGAUUUUCCUUCGAGGAUUUUUCCCAUCUAAAGUUGUAUUAUCCGGAUUCAAUGGUUUCUAUGAAUCAACUUCUCCAUUUAGUACUAGUUGGAAUAGUCCAAAAGCUAAUGAUUCACCUCAGUUUGAUAAGGUGGUAGUAAUGGUGGUAGAUGCUAUGAGAACAGAUUUCUGUUUCUCCAAAUCGUAUCCACAUAUGUCAUUUCUUCAUGAAUUAAUCAAUAAUGGUCAUGCUAUACCGUUUACUUCAUUUUCAAACCCACCUACAGUCACAUUACCAAGAUUAAAGGGGAUUACUACUGGUGGAACUCCUAGUUUCUUAGAUGCUAUUUUAAAUGUUGCUGAUGAUAAGGAUACAUCGCAAGGUUUAAGUAGUCAAGAUUCUUGGGUUAGUCAAUAUAAAAAUUUAGGUAAAACUAUCAACUUCUUUGGAGAUGAUACGUGGUUAAAAUUAUUCCCAACUACCUUCACUGAAUUCGAUGGAACUAAUUCAUUCUUUGUUAGUGAUUUCACUGAAGUCGAUAGAAAUGUUACUAGACAUUUAGAUAAACAAUUAAGUCAAGAUGCAAAAUGGGAUGCUUUAAUCUUGCAUUAUUUAGGGUUGGAUCAUAUUGGUCAUAAAGGAGGACCUAAUUCUGUCUUCAUGAAACCAAAACUUGAAGAAAUGGAUGGGGUCUUAAAAAGAGUUUACGAUUACAGUGUUCAACAACAUAAUGACUUGAACGAAAGUGUUCUUAUUGUACUAAUGGGUGAUCAUGGUAUGAAUGAUAUUGGUAAUCAUGGUGCAUCAUCUCCAGGUGAAACCAGUGCUUCAUUAUCCUUUAUCUCUCCUAAGUUUUCAAACACCUUCAAUUUAGGAUAUACCGCCCCAUUAGAUGAAUCUCCAGAUUAUACUUAUUAUUCCAAAAUCAAUCAAAUCGAUUUAGUACCUUCUUUAUCAGGAUUAUUGAACUUCCCCAUUCCAAAGAAUAAUUUGGGUGUGUUCAUUCCCCAGUUAUUAAAACUUUGGGGCUCAGAAUCUCAACAGAGAUCCAUAUUAUAUGAGAAUUGUCAACAAUUCAUGGAUUUAUUUAUCGCAAAGUAUGGAACUGAAGAAGAGAGUGAUGAAUACGCUCAUUUAUGGAGUAAAUGGCAUAGCUUGAAAGAAUCUGGAUCCAGUGUUGAAUACCACUAUGACGUGUUAUAUGAAAUUCAACAAAUAUUAACUUCUUCGGCAACUAAUUAUGAUUAUAAUGACAUCUUUUUGGGAUUUGUGAUCACAAUAGUUUCAUCCAUUGCUGUAUUGAUCAGUUAUAAUCAUUACUUUUUAUUCAGAAAUAGUGAUAACGUACCGUAUCAUUUGGUUAUCUUUGUGGAAGCCUUUGCUGUCAUUUAUUCUUUACACUUCCAUGGAUCAUCAUUGAUUGAAGAAGAACAUCAAAUUUGGUACUUCUUUACUAUUGUCAGUGCUGCAUUUUUAGCAAGUUAUUACUUCAAAUCUUUUAACAAAGCUUCAUUAUUAUAUUGGACCUUAUUCUUAACUGGGAUUAGAAUCCUUAAGGCUUGGAAUAAUAGUGGUCAAAAGUACUCCUAUAAGGUUACUAUUGGUUCAUAUCUUUUGAAUGAAGAUACAGAUAUCUUAUGGGUAUUGAUUAUAGCUACUUAUAUCGUAUAUUCAGUUAGUAUAUUCGUUCAAGGUGGGUUUUCAAGUUGUUUUGAUUUCCUCAAUGAAAGAAAGGGAUUCUCAUUUGAUGUAAAACAAGCAGGAAGUUUGAUUUCAUUUAUUGCUAUUUUCGUAACUAGUUCAGUGGGUCUCCUGUUCAAGAUUUGUCAAUUCUACAAUGACGGUUAUGUUCUUCCAAGAUAUUUAAGAUUAGUCUUCUUCUGGAUCAUCGAAAAUUAUGGAGUUUCAUUUAAAACUGUUGAUAAUCCAGAUUUCAAAUUCCAAUUACAAGGAGUCAACACUCAAUUAUCCAGAUUAAGUGGUUACUGUAUACUUGGAUUAUUAUUCAUCAGGGUCUCUUUAGGGAAAUUGAGAAAGUUCAAUACCGGUUUGAUUACAGACGUCCUGAAUCUCAUUACAUUAUAUCUUAUUCAACAAACAAAGUUUGAAAACAUUCCAAUAUUCUUAGUUCUCUUAGGCAUAAAGUAUUCAGCUGCUAAAAUAAUAUCUCAAACACAACCUAAAAAUGCCAAUAUCGAUCAAAUUUUAUUAAUCACAUCUAUUUUCAUAAUUUGUAUCCAAAACCUAACGUUCUUUUCAAUGGGUAAUACAAAUCUGUUGGCAACUGUUGAUUUAUCUAAUGCUUACAAUGGUAUACUUGAAUAUGAUGUCAUCCCAGUUGGUGUAUUAACAUUCAUAUCAAACUUUGUAGGUCCAAUCUAUUGGUCACUUGCAUCCCUUCAAAUAAUCUUUGAAAUUUCCAAAGUUAGAUUUGAACAGAAUAAUGAUGUUCAAGAUCUUAUAAAUUUCAAAUUUUUAAGAAAAUCGGUUCUUUGGGUUAAAGUCUUAAUAACAUCGUUGUUCUACGGUAUUUCAGCUAGUAAUUUAAUUGGAUCAUGUAUCAACUUAAGAUUUCAUCUUUUCAUAUGGACUGUAUUCUCUCCAAAAUUAUUAUAUUUUGCAAGUUGGUCCAUCUUAGUCAACUUUUUAGUUGAUUUAAUCUUGGCACUGAUAAUUCUUUUCAUUCUCUAUUAAAUUCGGUUUCAAUAAAAUAAUACUUGUAUAAUAAUAUCCUAUAUCUAAAAAAAAAAGAAUGACAUAUCUAA